ACACCGUUCAGAUAAUAAUCUGCCUUCCUGUUCUUCCUCCCAAAGUGGAUAACCUCACACUUAUUCACAUUAAAUGACAUCUGCCAAGUAUCUGCCCACUCACCCAGCCUAUCCAAGUCACCCUGAAUUCUCCUAACAUCCUCCUCACAUGUCACACUGCCACCCAGCUUAGUAUCAUCAGCAAACAUUCAGUCAUGGGCUGAUCCACUUCAUCCAGUAAUUCCCACUCCCCUGCUUUCACCCCAUACCCUUUGAUGUCCUGGCUAAUCAAGAACCUAUCUAACUCCGUCUUAAAUACGCCCAAUGACUUGGCCUCCACAGCCACUCGUGGCAACAUUUAUUAUUGCAAGUGCCACAGCAGAGCAGUUGGUGCUCAUAAAUGAAUCACGUAAAGCAUACAGAUAUGAUCAAGUUCUUCAGUUGUUGUUCAAGUCAAACAUCAUCAUGGGGGCCGGGGGAAAAUGAUAUCUAAGGGAUAUUGAGAGUGGAACGAUUUUCGAUAUCAUUGGAUCAUCUCAGAAACUACCAAUCUCCUGGGACCUUCAUGAACUAUGGUCUCUGGAUUUUGUAGAGAAUGGUGCAGGGAAGAAAAAGAGCAGAUGUUUUGAGAGUGAAAACUUUUUGAUCGUGAGAGAGGACAGAAUCACCGGACUGAUUCCAGCUGACAGGAGGUCGACAUUAACUUUGAAGACACAGAGAAUGAACAAAAAUAAGUAAACAGGUAAAUAAUAUGUCGGGGGUUGAAUCCACCUCGCAACAAACGUAUUGCUGUCUUUUGCAGAGAGUCACUGAGCAUGCAAAGAACGGUAACCGAACAGGCGGUUCCAAACUCUUGCUCAGUCUAGUGAUGGACAAAGGCUCCAGUGCCCAGAGGGUGAUGUGGGAAGCGUUUGUGAAAAUGCGAAAUGAGUCGCCAAAGCUGGACAAAAUUCUGAAUGAGCUCCAGAAAACCGGUCCCGAUGUAUUUGAAUUCAUGAACAACAGCCAAGGUUUACCAGAAUUGCCCUGUCAUCUGCAAGAAGUUCACCAGAAACACAAGGAAAUAUUGCGGGGGGAAAACGAAAGAAUGAAAAUAGAAACGAUCCCGGAGGGGGAGGGGGAGAGUGAAUACUUCCAGUUGUCUGAUCGAUACUGUGAGCUCACGAUUGUUUCCACUGACCGAGGCUGCCGGAUGACGGAACAUGAACUGAGGGAAGGGGAUCUGGACGAUGAGAAGUGGAGAGAGAAACUGGAGAAGGACUAUAACAAAGGGGAAAAACUGCGAACGGAGCAGUUGUUCUGGAGCAGCUAUUCAUUGAGUCGAAUCACAUCUGGGAGUUCAGUAGCUUUGCUCGGAAUCCCAGGGAGCGGGAAAACCACGCUGGUGCAAAAGGUUAUUUAUGACUGGGCCACGGGGAAAAUAUUUCAGCAGUUUCAGUUUGUGUUCAGUUUCAAAUGCAAGGAUUUAAACAAAAUUAAAGGCAAAAUAAACCUGAGGGAGCUGAUUUUGAGUCAAUAUCAGCACCUUGGGAAUGACAUAGGAGAGGUCUGGAAGAACCCGAAGGCACUGCUGUUUAUAUUUGAUGAUUUAAAUGAAUUCAAGCACAGAAUCGAUUUCACAGACAGUCAUAGAAACGGACGACUUCAGCCCAUGCGCCCGGAUCCCGAGUGGCGAUGCGAAGUGUCUGACAUUGUGCACGGUUUAAUCCAGCAUAAGCUGCUCCCAGGGUGUUCAGUGCUGGUCACCUCCCGCCGCACUGCGUUACAUUUAUUGGAAAAGGCAGACAUCACCCUCUGGGCUGAAAUCCUGGGAUUUUCCGAUAAGGAACAAAAAGAAUACUUCAGUAGGUUUUUUGAAGACCAGGCAGUGGCGACAUCUGCAUUCAAACUCCUGCAGGAGAACAAGAUCCUUUACAGCAUGAGCCAUAAUCCGUUAUACUGCUCAGCGAUCCGCCAGUCACUGGGGGGCACGGACGUAAAGAGAGACAGCGGGCAUUGGGGUUUGCCCAUAACCAUAACGCAAACCUUUUCCAAGCACAUUUACAACAUCCUGAAGCACCACAGACGUGACGCAGAGAAACCAAAAGACGUGCUCAUGAUGGUUGGUAAUCUGGCUUUCAAGGGACUGUCCGAGAAGAAGACUACGUUUACAGCUGAAGAUCUGAUUGAACACGAUUUGAAACCUACUGGAUUCCUGUCCAGUUUCAUGAUAGAACUGCUGAAGGGAGAUGGUUCCACGGGGACCGUGGUUUACGCGUUUACCCACCUCGUUGUACAAGAGUUUGUUGCCGCACUCACACAGUUCCUACGAGCUGAUCCUGAGGACAGCCGGGAUCUUUUCACUGAAAUCCAGCCUGCAGAAGAUGACCGAUUUGAGACAUUUCUUCGCUUUGUCGUCGGCCUCUCCUACAGCGGAUCAGACUGGGCUCUGAAGGAAUUUCUGGGUCCGUUCCCCGAUCAGACCGCUAACCUAGUUAAAGAGUGGCUAGAGAAGGAGAUUGACCGUCAGAUCGCAAACACAGGGACAGAUUCCAAUAAAAGGGAACUGCUGAAUGCACUGCAAUACGUGACUGAAUCUCAGGAUCGUAAACUAGCUCAGGCUACUCUGGGAUCUGCGAAAGUUGUUUCGUUCAGCGGAUCGCUGCUGACUCCAACUGACUGUGCAAUCCUGUCUUGUGCUGUUGGGCUCAGUGGCUCCAUAAAACACCUCAAUGUGGAGAGCUGCUAUAUUGAACUUGAAGGACUCCAGCGACUGGGACCAGUGCUUCAGAGAUGCCAGGAACUGGGACUGAACUGCAAUCAGUUGCGGGAUUCUGGAGUGAAACUGCUGUCUGAACGUGCGAUGGAACCAGGCUGCCAAAUAGAGAAGCUUCGGCUGGAUAUGAACGUCCUCACGCACUGUUGCGCUGGGGAUCUGGCCUCCAUUCUCCAUAGAAGCUGCUCACUGCAGGAACUGGACCUGAAUUACAAUAACCUGGGCGACUCAGGCGUGAAAGAGCUAUCUAAGGCUUUAGAGAACCCGGACUGCAAACUAAUGAAGCUACGGUUGUGCGCAAACGGACUCACGGCGGCUUGUGCCAAAGACCUCGCCCGCGCUCUCGGCAAGAACCGACGGCUGACCGAACUCGAACUGGGCAACAAUGAUCUGGGGGAUGCCGGAGUGGAGCUUCUGUCCGCGGCGCUGAGGAACCCGGACUGCAAGCUGCAGACCUUGGAUCUGUGGUGCAACAGCCUCAGAGCUUCUUCCGCCGAGUGCCUGGCCUUGACUUUCAGUACAAACCGCUCACUGACGGAGCUGAUCCUGGGUGAUAAUGAACUUGGAGAUUCGGCAGUGAAACUGGUGGCGGCGGUGAAGUCCGAGUCGGAGUUUAAGACGAAGUCACUGUGCCUGUUCAAGACCGGUCUCACGGAUUCUUGCGCCGAGGAUCUGGUUUCCGUCCUUCUCGCAAUGGGCGCCUUGGUACGCGUGAACCUGAAUUACAACUGCUUCACAGACCGAUCGAUCCCCUCCUUCACCACUCUGGUAAAGGAUCACAGCUGCUUGGAGUAUAUCGGAAACGAAAACUGCCCGCAUUACUUCACAUGUUACGCGCUGCCCAAGUCGAAGUGGUUGUGCCGCGGUCAGCACAACAGUCGCGCCCCGGAUUCGAUUCCGGCGGCUGCCUGUGAGGAGCUUUGCCUUGCACCCACGGCCGCCUGGGUUUCCUCCGCGUGCUUUGCUUUCACCCCACGGCCCAAAGACUCUGGAUGCAUCAGCGCCUCGUUCAGCACUUUCACCCCGGAAUCUCCCAGAUUAUUGUCAUUCAGGUACAGUCCCGUCAACGUGUCGCUUGUGACGAGCGCAGAGGCGAGAUCCUCCGCGCAGGACGUCUGUGGUCUUCAGAGCUUCGGACAGCAGCUUCACUCCCGAAUCUCCCAGAUGAUUGUCGCCCAGCGAGAGUGCAGUCAACGAGGGGUUAAUGCCGAGAGCCGAGGCCAGAUGCUCGGCUGCAGAGGCGUCCGACUUCCCGAGAGCCUCGGACAACACUUCCACUCCGGAAUCUCCCAACUGGCUUUGAUCCAGAUCCAGCUCAGUCAGCGUUGGGCUUGCAGCGACAAUGGAGUUGGACCAGCGGAGGGCGGAGAGCGGCGGAUCGCCCGUGUCGGCGUCGGCUCUCCUUACUGGACCCAAACACGGAAGCUGAUCUAUUGUGUGAUAAGAGGAAGGUCGCGGCCGCCGGCCCGCCAGUUGCGGAUGAGAAGUGGAGAACAGCAAAAGAAAAGCGGCAAGUCGCAGGCCGAGCCGGCGAGCGGGUCGACUGCCCCAGCCCCUGUUCUACCCACCCUCGCAGAAAUUUCGGAUCCUCCGCCCCGGGACAGGGCAGACAGCGAAAGGGAUUGGGUGGGUGGCAUUUCGAUGAUCGGCUCAGCCAGUGUCUGUGAAUUGGAUCCGCCGCCAGAGCUCCGGGCCCCCGAGCUCCACCCCCUCCACCAGGAGCUGGUUUCGCUGCCCCGGUGCGUGUUUCAGCAGAAACAUUCCUCGCCCGCUUCGGGCCGCGUUAAUGAGCAGGUUUCCUCGCUCUCGAUGCUGGAGUCUGCUGCCAAACCGGUCCGAUUAGAUUUCAGCAGAGAGGCCGCUCCUUUAGCCCGCAGCAGGCGAGGGAUGUUUCUGUUGAAACACGCGCUGUACCGCGGCAGUCAGACCAGCCUCUGCCGGGGUGGUUGGGGGGCGGAGCUCAGCGCCCCGGGAGAACCAGGGCCGGAUCAAAUUCACAGGUUGCUCCUGGCGACGGCAGGCGAUAGGCUGUCGGAGAAUAACAAGGAGCCGGAACGGAAACCGAGACAGGAGCUCCCGGCGGCGGCCGUGAGAGAUGAAGUGAGAGUGGAUUGUGAAACCGGUUCCAAAACUUUCCAACAGGAAAAGCCGCUCCCCGUUGCGAGGAAUGUGAUCGUUGGAAUCCAUGCUGUGGGCCUGCAGAACCUUUUCUUCACUCACACAAGCUUCAGACAGCAGCUUCACUCCCGAAUCUCCCAGAUGAUUGUCGCCCAGCGAGAGUGCAGUCAACGAGGGGUUAAUGCCGAGAGCCGAGGCCAGAUGCUCGGCUGCAGAGGCGGGACGGCCAUGGAAGCGGUGAUCACCAUGGAGGCAGAUUCCAGUGGGAAUCAGGAUCUGAGCGAAGAUUCCAGUGGGAAUCAGGAUCUGAGCGAAGAUUCCAGUGGGAAUCAGGAUCUGAGCGAAUCGCAAGCGACCCCAGACACAGCCUCUUUCACGCUUCAUCGUUUGACUGACUCCGACAUUACGGAGGUGACGAAGUUCUACCACAGCAGACUGUUGCGGGCGAUGGAAGAAGGGGUGAUGGGCGUCAGCUCAACAUUGACCUACGGAAAACUCUUUAAUGAGGAAGAGCAUCAGAUGGUCACUGAACUUGCGGACAAGGAGCAGAAGGCAGAAAGUUCUGAGCAACUCCUGGGACUGGUGAUGGCGAAGGGUCCCGCGGCCCAAAGAGCCAUGUGGGACUCCUUUGUGAACAUGCGCCGUGGAGUACCUAAGCUGGACAGGAUACUGAAAGAAGUUGAGGAACACGGUACCUCUCUGCCAAGCCACGCAUUCGUCACAGAGGUUGUAUCGAAACUGCCCAGCAAACUACAUGGCGUACAAAAGCAACACAAAGAUUCCCUCCUAAGGCUGACCCAGAUAUUCGAAUUGAAGUCUAGCCUGACGAAGGGAAAGGUGAAGCUUUCGCAGCUGGGCGACCGAUACACGGAGCUGACUAUCAUUUCCCCGAUCCGCCAGUGGAGGCUGGUGGAGCACGAGCUGCUGGCGCGUGGCAAAGAUCACGAGGAAUGCCGGGAAUCGGAUCUGCGUAGAGAUCUGGAGAAAAUCCGCAUCGGCGAGCUGUUUCGAAGCUCUUUCACUCGGGAGGUCCGCCUGGUGCAGAGGUCAAACGGGCAGGCGGAGGAAUUUCAUUCCGGGUGCUCGGCGGCCGCCUGCGGAGUUCCGGGGAUUGGGAAAACGACCUUGGUGCAGAAAAUAACUCACGACUGGGCCGCCGGAUAUCUGUAUCAACAGUUCCAGUUUGUUUUUAGUUUCAAAUUCCGCGACCUGAACACCAUUAACGGAAAAGUAUCUUUGAAACAUCUGGUUUUGCAUUCAUAUGAUUACCUGGAGAAAAUUCUAGAUGAAAUUUGGAAGAAUCCUACAGUUCUGCUCUUUAUAUUCGACGGAUUUGAUGAAUUCAAGGACAACAUCGACUUUGAUGAAAGCGGGAGAGGAACGGAGCGUCAACACAUGUGCCCCGAUCCCGAUAGCCUUGGUGAAGUAUCUGACAUUGUCUACAGUCUAAUCCAGCGCAAACUGCUCCCGGGAUGUUCAGUGUUACUAACCACCCGCCCCACAGCGUUGUAUCUGUUGGAAAAGGCGCAGAUCAACCUCUGGGUUGAGAUUCUUGGAUUUUCUGGUGAGGAACGGAAAGACUAUUUCGUCAAGUUUUUUGACAAGGACGAGAAGGUGUCAUCGGCGUUUUUCAAACACAUGGAAGAGAACAAGAUCCUGUACACGAUGAGCUACAACCCCUCUUACUGCUGCAUCCUCGGUCAGGUUUUGGGUCCCUUCUUUAUGCAAGACGAGAAACGUACGUUAAUUCCCAGGACCAUCACCCAGCUGUAUUCCCAUUUUAUUUACAACAUCCUGAAAAGUCAUGUCGCCGACACUGAAAAAUGUAAUGAUUUAUUGUUAAGAGUUGGUCAGAUGGCCUUCUCAGGACUGCACGAGAAGAAGAUUGUGUUUACGGAAGAAGAUUUGAUGAAGCACGAUCUGCAGCCUUCCCAGUUCCUGUCUGGGUUCCUGGUGGAACUUGUAGAGCGAGAUGAUUUUGAUCAGAAAGUUGUGUACACAUUUCCGCACCUCACCAUCCAAGAGUUUGUAGCUGCACUCGCACAAUACCUGACUCCAGAGCCCGGGGAUAUCCUGAAAAUGCUCACUGAAGCCCACAACGAGAGCGAUGGGCGUUUUGAGAUCUUCCUGCGCUUUGUGGUGGGUCUCUCCUCCCCCGGGGCAUCUCGAAUACUGGAUGAGUUUCUGGAUCCUUGCUCUCGCGAAACCGCCUGCCGAGUGAUUGACUGGCUGAAGGAGAAAUUGGAAAGGCGGAUUGGGCUGACGUGGAGCGAACAAGGUAAAAGGAGCUUGUUGAACACGCUGCACUACCUGUUUGAGACUCAGAAUUCUGGGCUGGCUCAGACCACGCUGGGCUCUGUGCCGAGACUUGCAUUCGGAGACUCGGACUCCGAGAAGGCAUUGUUACUCACGCCCAUCGACUACGCUGUCCUGUCCCAUGCCAUUCGGCUCUGCCUGUCCAUCAACGAACUGGACCUUCGGAACUGCUCUGUUCAAUGCGAGGGGCUCCUCCAGCUGGAACCUGUCCUGAAUAAGUGCCAAGUGUUGAGGUUGGAAGGAAACAAUCUGGGAGAUUCUGGAGUGGAAAUAUUGUCCAAGAUUCUGACAAAUUCCGACUCCAAAAUACAAACAGUGGGGCUGGAUAAUAACGAUCUGACAGAGUCCUGCGCCGAACAUCUCGUGUCCGCUAUCAUGGAGAACCCAUCGUUGACGGAAUUGGAGCUGGGUUAUAACAGUCUCGGGGAUCCCGGAGCAAAGCAACUGUUUGCGGCUCUCAGAAGCCCUGAGUGUAAAAUAAAGGAAAUACGCCUGAAAAGCAACAGCCUCACGUCCUCCUGCGCCCGGGAUCUGGCCUUGACCCUUCGCACAAACCGUUCCCUGACGGAGCUGGACCUGGGUGGCAAUGAACUGGGAGAUUCCGGAGUGCAUCUGCUGUGCACGUCCCUCAUGGACCCGGAGUGUAAAAUACAGACGCUGCGUCUGGACAACAACGGCCUCACGGCUUCUUGCGCCGAAAGCCUCGCGGAGGUUUUCCAUCGGAAUGACUCCCUGAAGGAGCUGGACCUUGGACACAACGGACUGGGAGAUCUGGGAAUGAAACGACUGUCUGCUGCGCUGAGGGAGUCCGACUGCUCGGUGCAGGAGCUGCGGGUGAACGACAACGGUCUCACCGCCUCUUGUUCCGAGGACCUCGCGACCGCCCUCCGCGCCACCCCCUCGCUGACCAGGCUGGAGGUGGGCAGCAACAACCUGGGAGAUUCAGGCGUGAAGACGCUCUCUACUGCCCUGAAGGACCCGAACUGUAAAAUGCAGAAACUGUGUCUGAGUAAAAAUGGUCUGACCGCCGACUGCGCCAGAGAUCUCACCUCCAUUGUCGCUGCAAGCCCAACGCUGACUGAGCUGGAUCUGGAUCAAAACCAGUUGGGAGAUUCCGGAGUGGAAGUGUUGUCCGAGGCUCUCGGGAAGUCGGACUGCAACGUCCAGGAGCUGAGUCUGAAUGACAACAGCCUCACCGCCUCUGCAGCCGAGCAUCUGGCCUCGGCUCUCGGCAUUAACCCCUCGUUGACUGCACUCUCGCUGGGCGACAAUAAUCUGGGAGAUUCGGGAGUGAAGCUGCUGUCUGAAGCUCUGAAGACCACAGACUGUAACAUACAGGAAUUACGGCUGAACAACAAUGGUCUCACACUGUCAUGCGCGGAGGAUCUCGCCUCUGCGCUCAUCACAAGCGACACGUUGACGGGACUGUACCUGAAUGACAAUAAUCUGGGAGAUUCCGGGGUGAAAGUGCUGAACGAGGCGCUGAUGCAUCCAGACUGCAAGAUAGAGAAACUGGGACUUUCCGGCACUGGUCUCACUGACUCCGGCUCGGAAGACCUGAUGUCCAACCUCAGCACCAAUCCCAAGAUGAAGGACGUGAACCUGGGGUCGAGUUUCUCCUCAGACCAACUCAGUUGCUCAUUCUCCUCGACUGAACAUCAGGAGUCUGAUGUGGAGACAUCUGCGGCAGAAUCUGUUUAAACCUUUCGGACAGGAACGGCCGUGGCUGCUGCAGGAAUCUGGAUCGUGCAAAAGUGUUGGACCUGCUGUUUUGGCAUUGACGGUUGCCUUGUAUAAAAAAAAACCUUCUGUUAUACGAUGAUAUUUUAACGUGUCUUUUUGUAUUUGUUUUUACU